AUGUCUGCAGGCGGAGAGUACCGGGGCUGGGGGCAAUGGGGGUUGAGAAUCCGAUUCAAGGCUCAAUGGGAAUUUCUGGACCGGAAAUGUGGCAUGCUACACUACACGACUAGUGGUCCUUUGAGCCCUGGCGAUGAACCGAUGGAGCAAACCGUUUUUGCCACUCGGCUUCCAAUGUUGCGACUUUGCGGGACACCUCCAGUGCGGUGUCGUGUGGUGAAGUCCGGAAUCUAUAUUGGUCGUCAGUUCCCCGUUUUGCCCAGUUCAGCUUGGGAUGUCGUAAACGCGAACUGGAUCAUGCCUGUGACUGUGUUCUGCCCGGCGAGGGUGGCUACUUCCCCGGUGAGAACCUGUCAAGAGAUACGAUACGUCGGCUGUCGCGACCCUUUGAGACUCCCAGAUCCCAUUCAGUCAGUUGUGAGAACGGAACGCUCCGAGCCAAAAUGA